AUGGCCAGCUUCUUCGAUAUAAAGGCCAGAAAAGCCGCUGCUGCCAACGGUGGAGGAAAACAGGAGAAGCAGACAAAUGAGACUCCAAGGGCGCAACCAUGGGUCGAGAAAUACCGACCCAAGAGUCUCAGUGAUGUCGCAGCCCAGGACCACACGAUCACAGUCUUGCAACGAACACUUCAAGCCUCAAAUCUUCCACACAUGUUGUUCUAUGGGCCUCCCGGAACAGGAAAGACCUCGACUAUUCUUGCACUGGCCAAGGAGCUCUACGGCCCUGAAUUCAUGCGAUCCCGAGUGCUAGAGUUAAACGCAUCCGACGAGCGAGGUAUAUCCAUUGUACGAGAGAAGGUCAAGGAUUUCGCACGCAUGCAGUUGACGAAUCCGGCGCCCGGGUACAAGGACCGCUACCCCUGCCCGCCAUUCAAGAUCAUCAUUCUCGAUGAGGCCGACAGCAUGACCCAGGAUGCCCAGAGCGCCCUCCGUCGAACUAUGGAGACAUACAGCAAGAUCACUCGUUUCUGUCUCGUCUGCAACUAUGUUACGCGUAUAAUUGACCCGCUUGCCAGUCGAUGCAGCAAGUUCCGCUUCAAGAGUCUAGAUCAAGGGAAUGCCAAGAAGAGACUUGAGGAGAUCGCGGAGAAAGAAGGCGUUCCAUUAGAGGAUGGCGCGGUUGAUGCUUUGAUCAAGUGUAGCGACGGUGACUUGAGAAAGGCAAUCACAUUCCUUCAGAGCGCGGCGAGACUGGUUGGUGCCAGUUCUAAGAAGGACGAGGACGAAGACGAUAUGGACGUCGAUAAACAGCCUGUGACCGUAAAGAUUGUCGAGGACAUUGCUGGCGUCAUUCCGGAUGACACCGUGGAGAAACUUGUGAAGGCGAUCAAACCUCGAUCCUCUGGCGAGACCUAUCAAGCCGUCGCCAAGGUCGUGGAAGACAUGGUGGCCGAUGGAUGGAGUGCUGGACAGGUCAACUCACAGCUCUAUCAGAGAAUUGUCUAUGAUGAAGCCAUCCCGGAUGUUCAGAAGAAUCAAAUUGUCAUGGUUUUCUCUGAGGUCGACAAGCGAUUGGUUGAUGGCGCGGAUGAACAUCUAUCAAUACUCGACCUAGCUCUCCGUAUAUCUAGUAUCUUGGCUGGUCGAUAG